AAGGGAUGAAAGUGAAAAAGGGAAGACAGCAGGCAAAAUUUGCCCCAAUGAAUUGAGCUGCUUGCAGAUUUAUGUGGUUUUGUGGUUAUCAUUAUGCAUCAACCAAAGGAGAUGGGGAGACUCGAGCAAUGCGACGCCCAAGCGUGAGUGUGCCUGCGUUUAUCUGUGUAUGCAUUGCAGCGCACUUUUAUUCUCCCUCAGCACGUUGCCCAUGUCUCCUCCAAAGCAAACUAACUUCUGAAUUUGACAGAACCCUCGCCUGUGGUGAGGUAACAUCCACCAACAUCCACAAUACAUUUUUCCAAAGUCUAUCUACCUAGCACUGCUGCUUGAGAGAAGAGAGGAUUAGACCACCCAGCACUGGGUAGUCAAAGCACCGCUUUGAUGUGGCACGAGCAUAUGUGCAGUGCAUGGGUACAAUCUCUGCUAAAACACACUCGCAAAACACAGUUUUACUGCCUCCUGUGCGGCAUCAUUACUCCUCGUCAGUGGAGCGGUGGGAUGCUCAAAAAGAGAAGGAGAGGGAGAGCGAGAGAGACACAGCCACCUCCUGUGCCAGGCACUGCCAGGCUGAAAUACUGGAGCCGUAUGGUCACCCUAAGGGAGGGGAAACCUGCCCGGUCUAACCACAUCUCAAUUAACCAAUUAAGUUCAAAAGUUAACAGGGUACUAAUUAGAGAAUAGUGCUGAAUCCUUGUUUUAAUCUGUCUUUUUUCCCCACUACGAGGCAUGUCUGUGUCCGUGACCUGGCUGGCUGAGCUUUGCCUGCGUCGGCUGAAACAUGGCACGCAAGCUGCCGUUAGUCACCCAUCCAUCCCCAUGGCCAGAACAUAAAACCAAUGGAUUUAGAAGGAUCAGUCAUCAGCUGUAAAACAAACCAGAUUCAGAGCAUUCCAUCUGAUCUUUCCAGUGGAACAGGAGGACCAUGAAAAUCCCAUUUUUGGAUCUAGAGUUUUUAGAGACCUGUGAGUGAAUAUUCACAAAUGAAGGAUAAUUUUUAGUCAUAGCUAACGUGGCUGUUUCCUGCUCAUCCGGCUUGUAUUUGUUCCUGCAGAUGGGCUUUAAUGGAUGCCAAAUGGGAGGUUUAGUGCCUCACUAUUGGCCUGUUGGAGUCUCUUUUUAACACCAUCAUAUUAAAUGACUUGCGUUUAGGACUCGAGGCUACGGCGUGCUCCUGUCGUUGACAAUAUGCCUCGGGCAGAAAGUGUUUGUAACACACCGCUAAAAGUAUAAAUUUUAUCCCCGCAUUAAAGGAGGAGAAGAGGGGCUGCUAUAUUGGCUGCUACCACCAAUAAAAAGAUAUGUGGGCUGUAUGACACAAUUGUAGUAAGGCUGCUUUGAGCCCCGGAGCCAAACAUGGUGUGUUUGGAAUCAGGCUGACAGCUCGAUAUAAAGAGAGGUGAGAAAGCCUUCUUUGACUCUGCUCUGCUUUCUACCAGGGAAUUAUUAUUUUUUCUGUCUGUUUGUUUUUUGGGAUUGGGGGAGUGGUGGUAUUUAAUGACCCAUGCAAUUCAAGCUCCUGAAUGAUUGGUCGGAUGAUUAGCUGUUUGUAUUUCUGAGUGUGUGCGUGUGUGAAUGAGGAAGAGGGUGAAAAAAGUCUUGGAUGUCAGAAAGCAGUUUGAGGGGUGAAGGACUCCCUUGCUGUAUGCGAGGCCCUGGAGGAUUCCUCCCCUCUUCCUCUCUUCCUCCUCCUCCCUUGUUCGCCCCCUGAAUCUCAUCUCUUCCUCUGUGAGAUCCACAAUGCUGGGAAGAAAUGUGUCAUUAACAGGGGAGACCAAAAUAAUGUUUAUGGGCUCAAGCAGCACUGAAAUCAUUUUCCAUAUCAGUGCAACUGCAUGGGCCCUGUGGGGGAGUAAAUCUGAUUUUCUCCUCCCUGUGCCAAUGGGAAACAUCAUGGGAAAGAAAACAGAUUGGAUUGUUAGAGAGAUGGCCUGACGCAGCUGUGGGCGGCUCUUUUUGUGUUUGGGUGUGCUGCUGCUGUGUGCAUAUAUCAUAAAGACAGGAUCAACCAGAGAAGGGAAGAGAAUGAGAGAAGGCAAAAUAAAAAUGUGGAUGUUAGCGGGAAUGUGUGGAUGAGAGAACGAGCCCCACUAUGGGAAUCGCAAUUUCAUGCCUCGGGAAUGCAACAAACGACCCUCGUGGAACAAUGGGUCAGUUAACAAGCACAGUCACCAGUUUGGUCUGGACACAUAUCAAAUGGUCCCUCCACAACGAUGAUGUCGCUGUCCUGUAUAAGUUACAAGCAGCAAAGUACUUCUAACUAAAUCUGAUGCCUUUUAUGCCCGUUCCAUAAGAAACACUUGCAUUUUAUCCACUUAGCCAAGAGGGGAAAAAAAGGAAUAGGUUUAGUAAAGCGUGGAGGGAAGUUUAAUAAACUAAAAUGCUGACGGAAAUAACUAUGUGCUUUGAGAGAAAACACUUCGUAAUGAGAAAACUGCUUGAGUAAUUUGCACUUCCUGUUACAUCAUGAACACUUAAGUUCUCACAGAAAGGACAGAAAUGAGCAAAAGCAGAAUGCAGUGAUUUCGUGUUGUGGUUUUCUUGUAUGUUCUCUUAAAUCUCUGUUGUGGGACUAGGUAAAGAGAGUGUGCAUGUGUGGGUGAGUAUAAAAGGAAGGUAAUGGGCCUUGAGCUCAUUUGGCCUGGCCUGGUGCUGUUGCUGUUUCGAAUCUGUCCUCCCACCUUCCGUGUCCCAGGCCUGGAAUGUCUUCUUGUUCUCCACAGAUGAGGCCAGUGACUCAGCAAACAACUGCACUUUCACAUGGCUCACAGCAAGCGCGCUUAAACAAGGGUCUAAGUGACGAGCCCAAACCUUUGCCUGAGGCCAUUAAUAUUUUAAUAGCAUUAAACAGUGAGUAGCAUUAAACCUUAGCGCUGCACUUUACCCUUCAUCGCCCCACUCUUACCCCAGUUUUUUACUCCGCUGUGGCUCUCACCUGCAAUCUUCACCGCUUAGCACAAUCUCACUUUGACAGUCAGAGGUCUGAUUGUCUCUUAAACAACACUUCCUGGCCCGCUCCCCAGAAAAUAGCCAUGUGUCUGUGUCUGUCUUCUUUAUUUACUUUGCCCAUAACACACCUCUUCAGUGGGAACUCUAUCAGACAUUGCUAUCUCUUUCUGUUGGCCCCCUCCUGCCCCUCACACCACUGUUGGCACAGCAGCUAUGGAAAUGAAGAGGAAGCUCCUUUUUGAUAAAAAUAAACCUUUCUGAAAAAGAGCUUCAUGAAUGAUUAAUUGUGAUAAACCUGACGUGCUGUACUCCUUGAAAUGGCAGCCUGGCCAGGUACCUAGACACAUGUGAUGCUGGCUUUUGCAGUUUUGCAAACUGCUGUAUAAACAGUGAAAAGGUUCGAGGAGUAGAAUAGAUAAAGAGAGACACUGGUGGCAUGUGUGCACAUUUGCUCCCGUUUUCUCUUUAGCGUGGCAUGUGUGGCUCCAUUGUUAUUUUCGGGCUGCCUGCCAAACUUGAGUGAGCCAGUUGGUCUAAUUUGUUUAGGAUUAGAAUCUCUUAUCCAUAUCAUGUCGACUUCUAUAUUGUAUAAACAGCUGCGUGAAGUGGCAGGGGUUCUUCAGCUGACCUCCCCAGGCCAAUUUUAUUUGCAUUGUACUCAUGCAAAGAAUUCCCAGAAUCCCUUUUUACCCUGUCAUCACUUCAGUAGUGAGAGAGUGGCUGACCACGAAGCCACUCAGCAAACACAGGCUGUCAACUUGAGCGAGACGACCACCAUACGGAUGCACAAUCGCGCACACAAAGGAUCACAUAUGUUCAUAAACACACAUGCGCGCACACACAUACUCCCACACGCUCUCUGCUGAUUUCACUUUGAAAGUUUCUCACAGUUCCUCGGUAUCUUAUCUACUCUAAACUCUCACCCCUUUCCCCUCCUCUGGAUGUUGGAUGUAGUAACGAGGCUUUCACUCUCUUCCGCCAUCCAUUCUUAUAACUGGUUCUCUUUCUCCCACCCCCACACUGACCACAUCCACUAAACUCACUCCACAGGCACGCAGUGUGGAGAGUGUUGGAGGCGUCCGCUGCUGGCACUUUCCCCCACCCCUGCACUGGGCCCAGGUCCAGGACUGGACUGCCUGCUCGCUCUCUCACUCUUUCUCUCCCUCACUUCAGUAUACUUCUGAUCCUACUGCAGUAGCCCACUCCCCCAGUCCCACCAUCAAGCCUCACAUCAACACGAAAAGAAAAAAGUCAGGGGGGUGGGAGUUUGUAAAGCAGGGGGCAAGUUAAGAAGAAGAAGGGAAAAAAAAACUUGCUACAGUUGUUUCUGAAGUGAGGAGGAAUUUGGCUACCAGUUGCACUAAUGUUUUCAAGAUGACUUUGACUGUUUGAAGGAAAUCCCCCCACUUUAGUAGCCAUUUGAAAUUCCUUCUGUGUUUUAUUGUGAGGAAGUAGGUGCUGGGUUAGUCAGCGGCCCUCCAGGGUAGCAGUGCAGUCUGUCUGGGGCUGCUGAUGUGUACAGUUGCCCAAUCCAGUCUGUGUUACUGGAGGGUCAAAAACUAAGUCCUGUGUUUGAGUGAAUGUGUGUGUGUGGAAAGUCUGGCUGGCUUCUUCUUGGGCGUCUGAAUUCCUGGGCAGAACAUGGAACUACAUUAGUAGGAAACUCUGAUGAAAAAGACACUGAAGUGGGAGUGAAGUUCGCUUACCAACGAGCAUCCUGCUCAGUAUGUUUUUACUUGGUAAGUAACUCUUCAAAUGUCUGUUUCUUCCUUGCUGUUUCCUACUUUCAUUGUGGGUUCUUUCGUAAACAAGUGCUAAAGAAACAAGCUGCUAUAAUUUACAGCUAAACACAGAAAAUCUUAAAUGUCUGAUAUAAAAUAAAACCUAGCUUACCAGUAUAUGUUCAGUCGCGUUUUCUUUCUGUGUUAAAGCAGUGCCAGUAACUAGCAGCUCCUGGAAGAAGUACGUUUAUAUUUAUUUUCCCUUGAAUCACCAAUCUGAUGUUAAUUUCAUUCAUUUAAGACAAGAAGGGGAGUGUGUAUUUUCUGUCAGAGGACAUGACUGAGAGAGUGAGAGAGAGUACGUGGGCUAUGAUUAUUCAGGGUGUGUUGAGGAACCUGGCUGCCACAUGGCACUGACCGUUCACUGAGCGACCUAAACUGCUCACAGACUCUCUGAUACGAGCUCUUAUAAACUGGUCGUGUGUCUGUGUGUUUUUAUUCUCUGGCAUUUCUUCUUCUGCUUCUUGCCUCCACUCUGUGGCACUUGGUGAUCACUGAGCUGUGGAGAGCAGGUUGAUGCAGUCACACCUGCAAUUUUCUUUCUGUCUCUCUUCUCCUCUUGUCACCAUCACUCUCACUUCUCAUUGUGCGUCUGGCUUCUUUGUCUAGACGACACGUCCAUCCGUCCCUUCGGGCUGCGGUCUGUGAAUAAGACGGAGGGCUUUAGACUGCCUUGGCUUGUUUUUCAAGAGCAGACAGAGAAAUAUGAUCCAAGGUGAAAUAAAUGUACUUCUUCUUCUUCUUCUUAAAGGCGUAGUUGUAGAUCCACAUGUGCUCCGUCACAUGCUCAUAAACACAAGCGCAUGUGGAUGGGCGUCUGCCUCUUCGGGAGAAAUUUUUGAUCUGAUUCCCAGCGUUGAAAAGAACAAGAUGUUGUGGGUGGGCGCUUGUUGUCUUCCUAGCUAUUUUUUUUUCCUUUUACCCCAUCACUUUGUGGUCCACAUGCAGAUGAGAUUGUAUUAUGCCUCGUUAAGGCCCCAAAUUACCCUGAGUCGUAUGAUGACAUCACAUCCCUCCCCUCAGCUUGAGAACUGAAACCUGUUUAAAUUCACUGGACGAGUGUGUUUGAUUGCAACUGUGACCUAGGUGGGGUUUCAAGGUAGACUGUCUGUUCUUGCUGAGCAGCAUGCUGACCAACUGCAUCUGCCCACUGCUGUUGUAAUGGCUCGUAUUCAGCCUCCUUGCCUCGAGCGCUGUUUCUCUUUCGUUCCCAUGACAACUGGGCCUUCGUUCUCCUAGCUACGCCUCCCUGCCUGCUGCUCACUCCGUGCCGCCCUCAGGGGCCCAUGCCUGGGCCCACAUUAUUGUGUGUGCAUGCAUGUAUAUUUUUGUUGUUGCACGCAAACUGGGCUCCUUCACCCUUGCACACCAACGCCGGAGCAAAACAGUAGCACUAGUUAACACCUCCACCUCCGGAGGUUCUGCGGUAUUUGUGUCUGUCUCUCUGGAUCUAUGCGAACACAACUGUGUGAGUUCGAGUGUUGGGAUGUGAUGUUGAGAUGUCAGGAAGGGAGGUGGGUUUCCCCUUAUCCCGGUGUCCCCUUCUCCUUUAAUUCCCUAAUAGGAUUAAUCUUCAUCUCUGUCAGGGAUCGGUGCCGAUUAGGAUGCACAUGACCCGAUUUUCUUAAGAGCGCAUACAACUGCACUGCUGGCACCACUUAGGAACUGGAGAAAUAAAUAAACACAGUUUAGAGAAAACACACAGGCACAGAAAACAUAACUUUUACAAGGAGGCGGUGGAGCAACGGCUAAGUCACUAUUUAUUACACCACUAAAACUGUAAUAGUAAGUCGAGCAGUGGUGCCGUCAUGGCUCAGACUUUUAUUCCACUUGUUCUGCACUGCUUUAGUUGGCAUCUAAAGUGAAAGAAAGGUGUAAGACCAGCCCACUUUUAUAACCUGUGUGCUUUCUCACCUACACCUCUGAUUCAUUAGGAUUUAAAUGGGUUCAGGGAGGGCAUCGUAUUAACACAGUGUGAGUGGAGUUUGUGUUUUCUAAACAAGAGUAUGAAAAUUUGAGAAAAAAAAAGCAGGAAUUUGUGUGGCGUCAUGUACAGCAUAUUUUCAGUAGGAGGCAAAUAUAACACUGAGGGAGAGGUCAUUUAGUGUGAUUGACAGGUUGAGGAGUCUGCCAACUCUCACCUGCUACAGUUCACAUCAGAGCGGUGCUCAGUCCUUCACCAAGUGAAGAUGCCACGGCCAAACUGGACCACUGGAAGGUCUGAUUUGGUUGUGCUGUGGGAAGGGCUUGUGGUUUGAUUUGAUCCAAGACCCUUCUGAGGUUCAUUCAAUCCCUUUCUCCCUGAACACAGGCUUAAACUUCAAAGAUCUCCUUGCCCGACAUCUACACAUCCCCUUUUUAUGUAUUGUCCUUCUCCUUUCCUUGUCUUUCUGGCAGAGGCUCUCUCCUCACUGUGUUAAGAGGGGCUUUGCAGCCUCUCUCUGUCACUCUAUGUCUCUCUCACCCUUUCUCCCUCUCUCACUCUGAGGCAAGGCUGUUAAUAAUGCAGGAGGAUUAGCUGAUUUAUGUGAGCCGGAGGCACUGAGGAAAGCUGGGGUUCCUGGGGGCGACAGGCAGAAGAGGGGGGGGGGCAAUGUGUGUGCAGCACGGAGGGCGGUGACAUACAGGAGGCCGACGUGUCUGGAUGAUGAAGGUUGGAUGUGUGCCUGGCAGUGGAUUGAUGGGCAAUUCUUCUGCCUCCUUCAUGGGGACCUUUCUGGCCAGUAGUCUGGGUUCCCCUCCUUCCCACCCACCUCAUCCCUCCCGGCCGCCCUCCUCGCCCUCUUCGCCCUCCUUCCGUGGCGGACCCCACUCGAGCGCCUCGCAAAUCUGGUUUCCCCAUUCGCAUGAAGCAGGUCCAGGGUAUCCUCGAUUCUCAGGGAGUCUGGCCCACACGUUCCUUCCUAUGAGCCACUUGGAUCACCAUGCCAACAGUGGAGUUCUCUAUGGGCAACACCGUUUCUAUGACACACAAAAAGAGAACUUCUACCUUCGAGGUCUCCCAUCCCAGCCACCUCUCAUCUCAGCCAAUCAUAGUCUGCCACCAAUGUCUCGGGCAGGUUCAGGACACACUCAGGGGUCCUGCAGCAGAGACAGAGAUCAAGGGGUAGGCACAGGCAUACAUAAGGGUCUUAAAGAGGGGUCUGUGGAAAGAGGAGUGGUAAAUGUCAAGGACAAGGAGAGAUCCAGCGGGAAACAAGAGGCUAAGGAAAGACAGCAGCAGCAGCAACAGCAGCAGCACCACACUCACCAGCCACCCCAGCCAACACACCACCACCAUUCUCACACUCAUCAGCAGCACCCGCACUAUCCUCAGCACCCACUGCCCCUGGAGGAGGUAAACAGCCGGGCCCUGGAGAGGCAUAAGGCGUCGCUCACGAUGUACAGCAAAGAGCACCCUCAAAGUAUGAGCAAGCCCCUCAGUGCCUGUUUGCACAAUGGCAAGAUGCAAAAUGGAGAUCCAGGAACUGGAGCAGGGGCUAAGGUGUCCAUGUCCAGCUGUGGCGGUGAGGACACAACCCUUCGGGCUAUGGGCGGUGGGGGGAGCAGCCAGAACAGACAUUUGGGGACUAGUGGCAGUGGCCGCUGCACCAAAGAGGGGGUAAGUGGGGAAAUGAGGAUCAGUGAACAACCUUCAGACUGUUUGGAAAGGGGUCAGGCACCACUUCAUCACUCUCUGCCCUACUCCGUACCCCCACCCCUACACAUGAGUUCUGCUACUGGAGGGGCCCAUCCACAUCCUCAUGCUCACCCCCAUACACAUCCACAUCCAGGGGGCUUCCAUUGUCUUCAGCUCCACCCCAGCCACCCACAUCAUUCCCACCACACACACCACCAUCCAGAGUUUUUCUGCCCGCCGCCACCUGCUCCUCUAGCCAACCCUGCCUCGCAUGAGAGGGGGCCAGUCAAUGUGGGGCGAGAACCUAAAGUCACAGGGCCUACAUUUGUGCCAUCUGUGGCAGACGUAGGCGAUAAAUCUAAUGGGCCAUUCCAGCUUAAUAACCCUGACUGCCAGGGUGUGGGUAGCGGAGGAGGAGGCAGCAAUGCCAAGGACAAGACAAUAGAAAAGAAUGGUGGCGGUGGGCACCACAGUAAUUGGCACAGAAAACAACAACAACAACAACAACAACAACAACAGCAACAGCAGCAGCAGCAGCACCCAUACAGAAAGACAGAGAAGGCUCCAGAUUGGAUGCAAUCCCACCAUCAACACCUUCAGUCCUCACAGCUUCCUCCACCUCCCCAGCAACAACCACCACAUUCUCAACAGCAGCAUCAAGUAGUGCGAUCGCGGAGUGCUGAGUGUAUCAACAGUGGUGUGGAAAUGGAUGUGUUCAGACCCUCGCUGCCCCAGGGACCCAAGGCAGGGCACUCGGUCCCUCAUUCUGUAAACACUUCUCCUUAUCGAGACUGUUCCCACCCAGGACCCCCGCCCAACUCUUCCCCACUUGGAAGUAAAAACAUGGGGCAGCACAGUGGAACACAGCACAGUGGUCCCGGAGGUAGCUGCUCUUUACAGAGAGAUGGCCAAAAGGUAGCCAGGAUUCGCCACCAGCAGCAUGGCCGACCUGGCCCAGAGACAUCCUCUGAGUUGAACCAGGGGAAUAGUCAGGAGCUAAAAAGAAAGAUGGACAUGUCUCCUUAUGGUUACAGCAACAGCAGUGGGCAGCAGCACCACCACCAGCAGCCCCCAGUGCCACCCUGGAAUAUGAGGCCUCCUCACCACAUGUCACAACCUGAGGAGGAGCAGAGGAAGUCAUAUAUGGAGUUGGGGAGCACUGGUGGGCAACACUCUCAGCAGCAGCAGCAGCAGCAACAGCAGCAGCAGCAGCCGGGAAUAAGCCUUCCUCCUCCACAGCCCCCCACGGCACCUCCCCUCAGCCAGCAACAGCAGCAACCUGAUCCCCAGGGUCCAACUCAGGGAGAGAGCAGUGCAAUGAAAAGCUUACUAAAGUACAGCAACCAGCAACAACCACUGCUUGUCUCCCAAAAGAAUCCAUUUGGGGGGUUAGGAAAUCUAAAAUCAGGUCCAUCUGGGGGGAGCUGUGCCCUGCAGGGCAACAAACAGACUCUGCCUUCCAGGAAGGGUACGGCUAAUGACAGUGAGCGUCCUGAUUAUAACGGGCGGAGCAGGGACAUGGGGGAGCCAGGUCAUGGCGAAAGUGAGGUGCGGCAGCCGCCAGUGGGAAUAGCAGUGGCGGUGGCCAGACAGAGGGAACCACCUUGUCGUUCAGCUGAAAAUCAUCCGAACAGCCGACAGGGCAGGGUCCAUCCGUCUGUGAAAGGGCAGCCCCGCUCCAUGUAUCUGUCAGAUCCCACCACUGAGGAAGACAGGAAGAGGCUGAGUGAGGAACAAAUAAGUCUCACUUGCUUGGACAGGGAGAGGGAUGCAUAUAUCAGGGAUAACAAAGAAAGGGUGGAAUUUGCAAGGAUCCACCCUUCCAGCAGCUGUCACGGAGACCUUGCCUCUCAUCUCAUGGUCCCAGGCGGGACGUCCCUCCAGUCUGGCCAGUUGGGAGAUCCUGCUGCACAUUCUGCUCACCAUCAUUGGAUGCCAAGAACUGGAAGCCCAUCUCUCUGGAUGACGGGACAUUCUUAUGCAGGUAUAGGUCAUACAACCCUACACCAGAAUUUGCCACCAGCUUUCUCUGCAGCCAUGCCAGGCCCUCUGCAGCCAGUCCUGCCUCUCCCUCAAGACCCCUCUGCCCAACUGGUGGUCUUGCCCUCCGAGCCUCCCACCCAUCCUGCGACCCAUCACCUGGAUGUGAUGGAGCAGCCAGGGCUGUGGCCCCCUGUGUACGGCGCCCGGGGCCCACCCUCCCACAUGCAACAUCCUGCUGUGUACUCCCGAUCCCAGUUUCUACGGCAACAGGAGCUGUACGCUCUCCAGCAGCAUCAACAGCUUCAGCAUCAGCACCAGAGUCACCAGUCGCAGCAAUCACAACUGCAGUCUCAACCUCAGCAGCAGCAGCAGCAGCAGCCACAGCAGCACAGAGCUGCACAUGCCAUGAACAUGCAGCACCAACCCGCUCACAAUGCACAGAUACAGAAGAGAGCAGACGAGCCCUCAGUUGAACUGGAAGAACUCAUUUCAGAGCCAAGAACAUCUAAACCUGCCAAAGCGUACUCUUACAACCCACCGCAGAGGAACACCUCACCCCCUGGGACCUGCACCGCUCACCUGUCCCCUUGUUGUCAGUCCCCUUCGCUGCGACAACAUCCCAAAAGCACUCCUUCAACACCCUGCCCCGCUCCUAGCCCCGUUGCAGCAGUACCUCAUUCACCUGCCAUUAGCCCUGCUCCACCUCAAAUGCUAAAGGUUCCUGAAUCCCAAGACAAGACGGGAGAGGGACAGCCUCCACAGGAAUACCCAGGGUCUCUGGAGCCUGACUUGCCUCCUGGAUACACAUACCCUGCUAUUGCCAUGGACUACAGGAGCGGACCGUCACCUCAGGGUGUUCAGCUGGCUGAGCCAGCUGACCUGGACGCAGUCCAAGUGGAGCCUGCUGAGCAUGCUCCCCAGUCUCUGGCCAGCCUAGGGGAGGAGUUAGACUGUCAAGUGGUAGUCAGACCCCUUCCAGACCCACUCCCACUCAAGGAAGUGGCGCACGAAGAGGAGAACAGAGUGGUUGAUGGAGUUCUGGAGCAGAGGGAUGAGGUGGAAAUAACAGCCGUGACAGAAGCUAACUAUGUCCACAGAGAGGAGGAGCAAGCAGAGGAGCAGGGACAAAUUGCAGAAGAGGUGCUGGUUUGUCCACCUGUUGAGAGUACUGUGUGUGAGGCUCCUUCCUGCCCAGUUUCCAUUUCAACAGAAGAACCUGAUAGGCAAGACGCUGUCAUUACCUUGGAAGAAGAGGAUGAUGAUGAGGUGACGGGUGGGGAGAUUCAGGUGGAGUAUGCUCAAAAGGUCAGCAUGCCUGGAGAGCAAGAGCCAGAGCUGCCCACCAUCAUCGAGCUUGAUCCUGCUUCUCCUGAGUCACAGUCCCCGCCUAAUGAGUGCGCAGAGGACAGUGAGCAGCAGCACGACAACAAGAUGACCCCUAAUGACGCCUCAGUGGAUUCUGUGUGUCUUUCCCCUGCCUCAGCUUCUGCCCCUAGCCCAAGCGAGGAAUCUUUUGCUGUGGCCCCAAAACCUGUUGUGCCCUGCUACUGGAGUCUGGAGCUGCUAAUUGCUGCUGCGUUCUGCACAGAUGUGCCUCCAUUUCCCUUGUUCCCAUAUAGUACACCAUCGGUUGCCCCAUCACAAUGCAACCCACACCAGGGUAUCGAGCUUCUGAGUGAACUAGCGGAUCUGGAGCUGCAGCAGCAAAAGCGCACUUGUGGAAAAAGCCAGGAGGAGGAACUGCUCAUGUUUGACCUCCAAAGCCUUGCCACCCUGGCCACGGCCCGUGCGCUGGAGCUGGGCUCCGAGGAAAGCAGCAGCGCGAGUUCUGAGCGACAAUUUCCAGCCCGCAGGAUCCUCAAUUUACGAAGGAAAUGCACCUGGACACCUCGCAAUGAACCAGUGUGCCCAGCCAAAGUUAGCAUGGAAACAAUGGAUGGUCCAGAGCUUGCAAUGCGUGUGAAAUUGGCUGAGCUACAACGUCGGUAUAAAGAGAAGCAGAAGGAGCUUGCCAAACUUCAGAGGAAGCAUGAUCAUCACAGGAAGGAAGAAACACCUCGCAGCCCAGCACGGCGAGGACCGGGGCGGCCGAGGAAGCGGAAACCCACCCUCACCACAGGUCCAGUGUCCUCAUCCGAGGGCCAAAGAAAAGUCAAAUCGAUGGGGGCAGGGCUUGGCUUGCCUGACGACCUGGGAGGGGGCGGAGAAAGCCAGCGAAGGAAGAAGAGGCUGUCCAGUCGAGGCUUUGAGCGACUCAGCAGCACACAGCAGGUAAAAGCACAGAGCUGCAGAAAAAGCAGUCUUCACAGCAUGCUCAACUCCAAGCUGGCUGGAGAUGUGGUUCAGCUCAAGCAAAAGGCCCAGGUUAAAAAGAAUCUCUCAGGGACAGGCUCGAGGGACAAGGAAAUUUCACUCUGCAACUCCAACCUUAAGCAUGGACACAGAAGCCAGGGCACAGGCAAAACAGACUCCAGGCGAGAGUCUGGGGGACAAAGUGAUACAGCAGCCAGUGGGGACAGUGUCCACCAAGAGAGCUGGACCGGACUGGUGCGCUGUGGACGUAAAAAGGGAUCGACCACUCUGAGCCAGCACAGAACAAAGGUUCACCGUGGCCAAAGGCACGAAGCAAUGGAGGAGGAAGAAAGCUCACCUGCAGAGAGCGACUCCUCUGAUCAAGAAGAUGAAGAAGAGGAAGGCAGUUGUGAUACUGAUGAAGUUCAAGAUUACAAAGUCCAACCCUCUAGAGAUGUCACUUUAAGCUCCUCCAUGAUUGGUCCUAGUCCAUCGUCUGUUGUAAAACUGGAGGCCAACCAGAAAGCCAGGAACAAAAAACAAAGGCAGGAGCUUUAUGGAUCCCAGAGUCUGUCUGGUGCAGAGGGGGAAGUCAAAAUCAGGAAGAAGUCCAACUCUAGGAUGGGCAUGACCACAGCAGUUAAAAAUCACCAAGACCACCAAGAUCGGCAGCCUGAAGUAGCAAGAAAAACAUGUGGGCCCAGGUCUAAGGAACCUCGGUGGGGCAGUCUUGGGACCAGAGGCAACCGCUACAGGAGGAGCAUGGGACUAGCUACCUUCCCCACCACAAGUGAGAGGCUGAAACGGGCAACCCGCAAGAGCACCAUGUUGAGAGGAGCAAUUAACAAGAGGAGAAGUUGCUGGCCAAUUGGGGGCUCAUCUUUGCAGGGCGAAGAUGGAAGCAGGGGACAAAGGAGCAAAGACCAACAGCCAAAGGGACGAGCAGUGAGUCGUUUGUUGGAGAGCUUUGCUGCUGAUGAGGGUUUUCAGAUGGAUGGUAGCAGCUUCUCAGAGGAAGAGGAGCACAGCAGCCAUUCGCGCAAAAACCCUGAAGUUCCAAACUGUGUCCUGAGCAAAGAGCUAUUAACCGAUGGCCUGAAGGUGCUGAUUUCCAAGGAGGACGAGCUUUUAUAUGCUGCCAGGGUCCACACUCUGGAGCUACCAGACAUCUUUAGUGUUGUUAUUGACGGUGAAAGAGGAAACCGCCCAAGAAUCUAUUCAUUGGAGCAACUGCUACAGGAAGCUGUCCUGGAUAUACGUCCAGAGUCGGAGGCUAUGCUGGCUGAAGGGACCAGAGUGUGCGCUUAUUGGAGUGAGCGCUCCCGCUGCUUAUACCCAGGUUAUGUUCGCCGAGGUGGUUCAUCUGAUGAGGGGAAGCAAGGCGGAGUGAUGGUAGAGUUUGAUGAUGGGGAUCGAGGGAAGAUUUCACUCCCCAACAUCCGCCUCCUGCCUCCAGGAUACCAAAUUCACUGUGGAGAGCCAUCUCCUUCCUUAUUGGUUCCCAGUGGUUCAGCAGCCAAGAGAACUUCCAGUCUGGAGCAGGCACCUAUCAGUGAGAGGCCUUCAGACAGACUGAGCACUAUCAACACUGUAAACACCACCCAAAGUCUGACCAUUAUUAAAAGAAGACCAGGGAGACCAAAGGGUUCUGGGAAAAAACAAAAGCAGCAGCAAAUUGAGAAUGCCAAUAAAAAUCCUUCACCUUUCCUGGGCUGGAGUUCAUUGACCAACACCAGAAAGAGGACAUCUGAUAAUCUCUUUCAGUUCAACGGUGCACCCAAGAGGACCUUGAAAGGAAAGGAGGAUGACCUGUUCUCUAUGACUCAUUCCCAGUCACAGGCUUCCAUCCCAACCAAAGGCCUUUUCAGCAGCAGCUCAUUUGAGGUGGAUUCCUUUAGAAGCAUUGCAAAUGGUUACUCUUCCUUCUGUACCCAGUCUGCAGGACCAGGUUCGGCUUUAUCUUUGGGUUCCAGAAGUGGGCUGUAUGGUGAAAAGCGCAAACAAGAUGAACUGGUUAUGCCAAGGAGCAAAAGGUCUGGACAAGAGUUCCUCAUCAAGUUGGAUCAUGAAGGAGUGACAUCCCCCAAGACAAAGAACAGCAAGGCUCUGCUGCUGCGAGGGGCAUCUUCCAGUGUAAGUGGCUUACCCAGGACAGAAGCAUACUCUCAUCCAGUCCUGCUGGUUAAGGAUAACAAGAAGGGAGCCUCCAGAGUAGAACUUCUUCUAAAAGGGACCACACCUCAAAGAAAGCCCUCUCCUUCUAUGCGUCUCGGGGAAUAUGGUGACUUGGGCUUCAGCUCUCACAGAGACUGUCACAGCUCCUACUCUGAUCUGGAUGAUGAAGAGGAAGAAGAAGAGGAAGAGAGGAGGGCUGCACUGGCUGCAGCCUCAGGAGGACUAAGGACUGCUGGUCGCUUCCUUUCUCGUCUCUCGGUCUCCUCCUCUUCUUCAGGUUCUUCAAGCUCCUCCUCUUCAGGCUCUCUUUCAAGUUCCAGCCUCUGUUCCUCUGAAAAUGAUUCCUCGUACAGCUCAGAGGAUGAAGAUAGUUCAACACUGAUGCUGCAGAGUUGUCUUUCUUCCCAUCGGGGGCUCCUACAACCAUCAGAACCCUCUACAUCUUCAAGGCCUCGCCAGCAUGCCUUUGUGGCCAAAGCUAUGGCUGUUUCCAGUGCCAAAGGUGCCACACCUAACCAGGUCUCCCACAGCAAGUCCUUGAAGAGGAAAGAAUGUGCAGGCUCCAUGUCUAAACCAACUAAGGAUUUUGUCAAGAAACCUAGGAUGCUUCCAGAUGAGGCUACAUUUAUUCCAAGGCCCAAGAUGUCCGCAUUCCUUUCAGGAAGACAAAUGUGGAGGUGGUCAGGAAGCCCUACACAGAGGCGAGGACUUAAGGGCAAGGCCAAGAAGCUAUUCUAUAAGGCCAUUGUGCGAGGCAGAGAAACGGUGAAAGUGGGAGAUUGCGCUGUGUUCCUCUCAGCUGGACGCCCUAACCUCCCAUAUGUGGGUCAAAUUGAGAACUUCUGGGAAUCAUGGACUUCUAGAAUGGUAGUUAAAGUCAAAUGGUUCUACCACCCUGAAGAGACAAAGUUAGGGAAAAGGCAUCGAGAUGGCAAGCAUGCCCUUUAUCAGUCGUGUCACGAGGAUGAGAAUGAUGUCCAGACAAUCUCUCACAAGUGCCAGGUGGUGAGCAGAGAGGAGUAUGAGUGUCUGACUCGCAAUCAGAAGCCGAACAGUACCUCUCCAGAUCUGUACUACCUGGCUGGGACGUACGAUCCGACCACUGGUCAGUUGGUCACUGCUGAAGGUGUUUCCAUCAUGUGCUGAUCCACUAAGGGGACACACUACUGAAGAACUUCUUCGGAGGAAGAAUAUAACGUCAUGAUUUCUCCUUUUCAACCAUUCAUUCUGGCAGAAUGGCUAAUGUUAUUUGGGUUUGCCUCCAGGACCCACAGACAAGAUGUCAGCACCAAAGCUGGACUGACUGACAUUACACACUGGAGUCUGUCGGUGUCUAACAUUUGUGAGGCCGUGAGCAUAGCUGGUUGAUCCAGUCAUUAAGAAUAGCAGAAAGUCUGUGUCUUUCUGAGCAUAGCAAAAUUCAGUAAGUGACAUUUCAACCAUCUAACUAAUCUCUUUUAAAAAGAUCCUUUGACAGCUUCACAACUCCUUUUUAAAAACUCAUGCUUCCAGCUCCUAUCAAAAGGAGAGCUGAAAUUGUAGUUGACUGUAAAAAUAACAUUAGGCUCAAGAGUCAAUGUGGACCAAUUCUUUAAAAGGUAGCCUUACCUGAGGGAAUGGAAACAAAAGUGAGGCAUGGGGCUCGACCCAAGCCUCUUCAUUCCAGGGAAGUUGAAAACAUGUAAAGGGUGUAAAGUUGAUGUCUGUAAAUAUUUUUAAAUGUUCCUAAUGAAGCCAUACACUUCAGUACCUCUCACCUGUCUUAACUGUUCAGGUGUAUAUUGUAUAGUUCAAUUAUUGUAUUGUUGUCUGUUGUCUAUAUGUACAUAAAAGCUAUUUUAUAUAGGAGUUUAUUAUGUAUAUAUGAAAUGUAUCUUUCCAUGUUUGCAAUUGAUUUAUUUUUAUAUGGGUGUAGAAUACAUUACAUUGUGUGUGCUUUUUCUUUUUUCGUUUGCUUCGGGAAGUUAAGGUUGAAGAUGUUAGUGUUGCACUGCAUAUGCCCUGCUGAGAGAGACUGAGACAGAGCACAGACAAAGACAGAAGGAUUUAGUCUACAACAGGACAAGACUCCCUUUCUAAGAGAAAGGUGUCAUUCUGUUUAAAAAGAAAAAGAAAAAAAACCCCACAUAGGUCAAGUGGCUUUUUGCGUAAUUGUCUGUUCCUUCACAUUUUCGUUUGGCUAUUUUUUAUUUAUUUACCUCUCUGAUGGUCAUCAUCACAAAGGCAGAUCAGACUAAACCGCAGCCACAGGUCAAAAGUGAUUUAAGAUGUGAUACGAGCGUACCGUUACGGCACAACGUUUGUGUGUGAUGAGUGUCCCGACAAUAUAAUCGUGUCCACACAAAUCAAUGUUACACAAAACUGGAUCUUUUAAUGAAAAUGUGUUAAAUGUGCAAUGCACUCAUCAGUGCAUAGUUUAGCAUAAUAUGGCCUACAAAAUACCAAAGUGUCUUUAAUAUCUUAAUUUCCUUUAUUUAAAAAACAAGCACCUGUACUGAACACAGAAAUCACUGGUAACUUAUAAAAUAAUUGUCCUCCACUAUGUGCAAAUUUACUGGCUUUGCAUUGUGACAAUGGUUUCUUGCACACGUACCUGCAGUUUUGGUUAGUACAUAAAUAUGUACCAAAAUGCCACCUGGAGGUGUGACUGUGAAGGUCAAGGUACUGAUAAGGAAAGAAGAUGAGUACUGACAAUUUGUUGAAAUGAGUCCAUUUUUAGUUUCAUUAGCCGUCUGUGUCUAUUUUGUACAGUACACAUACAUCCUUGAUGCUAACUGUGAAGGACAAUCAGAUUCACAAAGCAAUGGACAUAGAGCAGGUUUACUCGAUCUGGAAAUUACUUAUGUUAUUUAAUUUGUGCCAAGUACAUUUUCUCUAUUUUUGUCUUAUUUGAUAUGCAAUCCUGAGUAUUUUUUUGCUCACAAAGUUUUAUUUUGUUUGCCAACAUUUUAUUUAUUGUCAAUGUUGCUGUUCAUGCCAAGAGCGCUUUAUGAGAAUGUGACAUUGUUUUUUUCUUGGUGUGAUGUCGCAUUUGCAUUUCUUAAAUAAAACUGGUCUUAUAGAGGCCAUUUAGUGAAAAAAAAAGAUUAAAAAAUAAAGCAACACUGGAUUCUUCUCAUCCAAAAACCUCUGUGAUUUAAUUCUGUUAUUUUGACUGUUUCCCACUCAUCUUACUGUUCAUUUUCUAUUACUAAACAUUACAUCAUUAUAUGGACAAAAGCAUUGCCCACA